ACUGGGUCUUUCUUCUCCGUGUAUUCUUCCAUGUUUUCUCAGUCCAUAAGAUUCCAGUUUGAGAUCUUUUAGCUUCAUAGUUUAGUUGGAACGAUAAUAUAUUGAUUUAAUCUCUUCGAUUAUAUUAAGUUCAGAUAGUUCUACUAAGCUAUUGCUAUAUCCAUCAACUGAGACAUACUGCUUCAUCUGCCUUCCUCAAUUUUUCUUGGUUUGGAAGGUCAUUCACCCCUGCAUUACCCAAACCCUACUCCAAGUUAUCCUUUACAAAUAGCAUCACCUCUUUCUCCUUAUCCUGCAAGUUCAUCAAUCUCUCUUUCAUACCAAGAUAGUUCAGCAGCAACCAGCAAAAGCCAUGGCCACGUCUUCCCUCGUCACCAUCUUCUCAUUCCUCUUCCUCGUUUCUUCCAACCUUGCUGCGGAUCCUGACAUGCUGCAGGAUAUCUGCGUGGCGGAUCUCAACGCUGGCGUGAGGGUGAAUGGCUUUGCGUGCAAGCCGGCAGCGAACGUGACGGAGGCGGACUUCUUCUUCCAGGGGCUGGCGAAGCCGGGCGCGGCCACCAACACCACCAUGGGCUCCCUGGUCACCGCCGCCAACGUGGAGAAGAUCCCCGGGCUCAACACCCUGGGCGUGUCCAUGUCCCGCGUCGACUACGCCCCCGGCGGGCUGAACCCGCCACACACCCACCCCCGCGCCACCGAGAUCGUCUUCGUGCUCGAGGGCACCCUCGACGUGGGCUUCAUCACCACCGCCAACAAGCUGAUCGCCAAGACCAUCACCAAGGGCGACGUCUUCGUCUUCCCUCGCGGACUCGUCCACUUCCAGAAGAACAACGCCGACGUCCCCGCCGCCGCCCUCGCCGCCUUCAACAGCCAGCUCCCAGGCACACAGUCCCUGGCCGCUACCCUCUUCGCCGCCACCCCUUCGGUGCCCGACCAUGUCCUCACCAAGGCCUUCCAGAUCGGGACCAAGGAAGUCGAGAAGAUCAAGAGCCGCCUCCAGCCCAAGAAGUGAGAGUUCUCAUUUCUUGGACUCGGCCACUAUGAUUCAUGGUUUGUAUGAAGUUGCUACUUCUAAUUCUUAUUGAGAUAUGAGAGAGUGUAAUAAAGACUGCAACUAUAGCUCCCAAUCAAAGCCUAAUAAUUCAAUGCCCUUUCCUA